AUGCCGGCCUUGAUCGAAAAUCCGGACGCCCUCACGGCGGCCGUUCAGCAGAUAACUCUGUCGACGUCAGACGCCGACUACAUUGACCAGCUGGCCCCCGUGCUCCGAGAUGUCGGCCGCACAGACCGCGCUGGACAGCUUAUACAGUCACUCACACAGCUCUCUGCCGAGCGUGAGGCCGACAUUGAGCGUAUGUGCAGCACUAACCAUCAGGAGUUCGUUACUUCCGUCAACCAGCUGCUGCGUGUGCGUGAGGGGACGGUGGAAUUGACCCAGGAGAUUUUAAGUCUGUACCAAGAAAUCCAAGCCAGCACUGAGGAUCUGGUCGAGCAGAAGAAGAACCUGGUUGAUUUUCGCGGGGUACGUCAGAACAUUGAUGAAGCCACUGAAGCGCUCAACGCGUGUCUUGAUGUUCUUCGUCUUGCCAACCAAGUCUACGAUUUACUUGCCAAAAAGAAACACUAUGCUGCCUUGCGUGCCCUUGAUGAGUUGCAGAACGUGCAUCUUAGGGAAGUCUCGCGGUACAAGAUCGCGGACAUGAUUGAGAAGUCGGUGCCCGCAACGCAGCGGCUGAUUGCUGAAGCUGUGAUGACGGAUCUCAACAUGUGGCUAUACCGCAUUCGGGAGGCAUCGCAAUAUCUCGGUGAAGUGGCUUUCUACCACACAGAAAUGCGCCGCACCCGGCAAAAAGAGCGCACCGAAAAGGACGAGUACUUUGGCAAGUUCAAACUCAAUUCAGCAGUCGAACUGGUCGCCGAUGAAGAUGACGAAUUCGACAUCCUCAAUAACGAAGAGACCGAGACGCAGGUCAACUUUGCGCCGCUUCUUGAGUGCAUGCACAUCUACGAGACUCUCGGACGGAGCGACUACUUUCGCGCAGAAUAUGCGGCCACGCGCCGACGGCAGAAGGAGCUUCUGAUCCCAACAAGCUUGACUCUUGUCGACGAGGAUGGAGCCGAUCUCAGUAGUGUUCUGGAGAGUGUCGCAGGAUUUGCCAUAGUCGAGAAAGCAACCAUCAGGAAGACGGAUAGUUUCAGGACAAGUGUAGAUGUCGAUGAACUGUGGGAUUCCAUGUGCCAAAGUACCGUCACACUCAUUUCCAAUGCGCUACAUCACGUCGACAACGACGAAAAACUUCUCCGGAUCAAGGGACGCAUAGCUUUGUUUAUGCAAACUAUGGCUAGCUGGGGUUACUCCGUCACCAGUUUGAAUUCGCUUCUCCUCGCAAUCUUCGACAAGUACGCGCAGUUCCUCAAGAAACGUUUCAGCGAAGAUUUCCAAGAGAUUGUCUCAACCGACGAUUACAUGCCGAUGCCGAUCAAUUCACUCGACGAAUACAAUAAGGUCGUCAACGUCAGCUGGUACACACCAGACAAGGAUCCGGAGGAGCUGACUUUUCCGUGUGUUCUACCGUUCUCGCAGAUGUAUCCACUGUGCUGUAUCGACAUCCGCAAUUUCCUCAACCAGGUCUAUCUUUUCUCGGACGAUUACUUUGAGCGGUCUGCCGUCAUUGACGAGACGCUCAAGAAUUCCAUCGACGAACUUCUCUGCGAGAAAGUCUGCCAAUCCCUUGUCGAACGUCUCAGCUCUCAAUACCCUGGCCAGAUUGUUCAAAUACUCACAAACCUGGAACACUUCGAGAUAGCAUGUCAGGAGCUGCAAGAACUUCUUCUCCAAGUACGGCGCAGCUCCAUAAGCGGACCGAUUGUUCUUGCUGCAACCGAACAAUUCAGAGCAGGGAAGAAAACAGCCGAGAAGCGUAUAUUCGAGCUGGUCAACUCGAAGAUCGAUGAUCUGAUUGAGACCGCGGAGUAUGAUUGGAUGGCUACCACUUCGUCCACCGAUCCAAGCAACUACAUGCAAGAGCUUACUCGCUACCUGUCCAACAUCAUGAAUUCUGUUCUUCUGGGUUUACCCACCGAAAUCAAGGAGCUCAUCUACUUCGACGCCCUCAGCCACGCUGCAAACAUGAUCCUGAACCUGCCCCUAGAUCCCGUUGUCAAGCGAAUCAGCCCAGCGGCCGUCCGCACCCUCGCAAAAGACGUCUCCUUCCUCUCCUCCUUCGUUGACAGCCUCAAGAACCCGAUUCUCAAGGAGAACCUCGACGAGCUCAUCCAGACGGUUGCGCUGAUGCAGGCGGACGACCAGCUCGAGUUUUUCGACGUUGCGCAGAGGAACAAGAAGUAUGGCAUGGUCGAUAGGGAGAACGGCGCCAUCUUGCUGGAGAAGGUCACUCAAGGCGCAGCUGUCGCGCAGGCUCCGGCUCCACCUACCAGAUCUGACAAGUUCGACAAGUUCGCUACCAUCAGCUCGCGGUUCGGCAUCAACAAGUGA